AUGUAUAGACGUACCUCUAGCAUGGUGGGAGUGGGCUCUCCUGCUACAGUUGUAGCAGUACUGAAGCACGUUGAUAAGUGGUCGUUUGAUGUGUUUGCUCUGAACGAGGCCAGUGGAGACCACGCCCUCAAGUUCAUCUUCUUUGAACUACUGACCAGAUACGACCUCAUCAGCAGAUUCAAGGUAAAAUGCGAGUUCGGUGUUCUCGUCGUAGAAGCUCUGGAGGUGGGCUACGGUAAACACAACAACCCCUACCAUAACCUGAUGCAUGCUGCUGACGUCAUACAGACAAUACACUACCUACUGCUGAAGACUGGCAUCGUGCAUUGGUUGACAGAGCUAGAGAUCUUUGCGAUGAUCUUUGCAGCAGCGGUUCACGACUACGAACACACUGGAACCACCAACAAUUUCCACAUCCAGACCAGAUCAGACACAGCGAUCCUGUACAACGACCAGUCUGUCCUCGAGAGCCACCAUGUCAGCGCAGCAUACCGCCUCCUACAGGACGAUGAUGAGAUCAACAUACUAUACAACCUGUCUAAAGACGACUGGAGAGAGCUGAGGGGCCUGGUGGUACAGAUGGUUCUGGCUACAGACAUGUCCUGCCACUUCCAGCAGCUGAAACAUAUGAAGAACUUUCUCCAGCAACCGGAGGGGAUUGAUAAACCCAAAGCCAUGUCUUUGCUGCUCCAUACAGCUGAUAUCAGCCACCCAGCUAAGACAUGGGACCUGCACCAACGCUGGACAGCAUCUCUUCUGGAGGAGUUCUUCAGACAGUGUCACCUAAACCCCACAGGUUCCAAGUCCCAGAGUGCAAUGUGGUCGGCCCCUGCAGCAGGGAUUGGCGUGAGAGACGGAGAGACGAAGGUUCUAUUUGACCCUCGUAGCCCCGAGGAGGUCCUGGCUGAUGAACUUCCUGCUUCUAACGGGCCAGAAGCCACAGAGAAGACUGCUAUCAGGUUGAGAUGUCUGCUGAAACAGCUGGAGAGAGGAGAGGUGUCUCUGGUGGACCUCAAAGAAGAACCUGGAGACGCAGAACCCGCUCCACCUCUGGCUCCCCCCCACUUUGGUGGCGCCUCUGGUGCGGGGACCCUCGCCGCAGGCCUCAAACUGGGCACCCUCGCCGCAGGCCUCAAACUGGGCACCCUCGCCGCAGGCCUCAAACUGGGGACCCUCGUUGCAGGCCCUGGACUGGGGACCGUUGCUUGCGGCUUCGGACUGGGGACCAUCGUUGCAGGGAGAUUGGUGGAUACAGAGGAAGAGCUCAGCGAUAUCCAAUCAGAGUAUGUGCCUUCAGAGGUGCGUGAUUGGUUGGCCUCUACAUUCACCCGUCAGAUGGGUUUGAUGCUGCCGCAGACCGAGGAGAAACCACGCUUCAGGAGCAUCGUACACGCUGUGCAGGCUGGUAUCUUCGUAGAGAGGUAA